AUGGUGUCAUUUUUCGGCUUGGGAAAGAAAAAGAAGGAGGCGCAAGAUGAGGGCCCCGUCCACUCCCUAUACGCGCAGCAAUGGAAGCGAGAGCAAAGCCCCUUCGGCCCACGAGUCCCGCAGACCAACAGCUCUUCCACAAGCCUUCCAGCACGGCCAAGUAGCUCGCACUCGUCAAAAGGUCCCAGCGGCCAGAACUCAAUCUACGCAAACAAAUCAGCCACGGGGAGCAUGCAAGAUCUGUCCACAAGACGACCUGGAUCUACAAAGCCACCGCGCACCGGCUCACCUCUGAGGCCAACGUCUGCAGACGGGAAGCCGACACCCAACCUCGGAAAUGCAAGGCCGAUGUCCCCAAGCAGCCUCGCAGCAGCAGCAUCGCAAGCUGGAUUCCGAUUUGAAAAUUCACCACAAAAACCGCAUGGCGCGCAGUCACCGCGCAAUAGCAACCAGAGCACAUCAAAGACACCCGGUGACAGUCCCGCCAAGCGGCCAUCACCAGGCAGCAUAGAACGAAACAGGAGCCCGCUCGGUCGGUACGAGGUCAGGUCGGAGGCAGACAGUGAAGUGUCAUCGCCGAUGAGCCAGAGUCAAACAACGCGGAGUAAUGUGACGAGCCUCACGAGCGUCGGUAGCGAUAUGGACAAGCAGAUCGGACAGUGGGCCGUGAGAGUGAGCGCGUCCAGCGGAAUAGACGAGAAGGUGUCGUCGCCGACAGCGUCGAGCCAAUAUGACCUGGAUCAGGAUGAGAAGGAGGCCGCUCUGGACGACUCGGAAGAGAAUGGGCUCAAGGCGUUGGACACGAUAUCAAUUUCAGAGCCACGGCAAUCUUUGAUGCCACAACCUGCACAUACAGGAGAUGGGAGGGGCUAUUCGAUGAUUCUACAGUACUAUUUGGACAGCGACGCUAGGGAGUCGAUGGUGAUAUGA